AUGUCUAUAUGUCCACCGCCUGGCACCAGCAAUGGCCUCAAGCGCAAGCAUUCGAGCCUGGGAUCCAGCCGAGUCGAGGACAUUGCUUGGACGACAGCCCGUUGUAACAGACUUUUGAGGACCAUCGAUUCACGAAUAGAAGCUAUCCGUAACCUCAUCAGACCCGAUCUCAGAGCCCACAAGACAGCGUCCAGGCCAGAGAUAAGGAUACGAAAGCGGAAGCCUGAGUCACUGACAGAUCCCCUCUGGCUGCCAGAAGGCUCGAAGAAGAUCAAACCUCGUACCUACGCAGCCAAGGACAGGCCAAAGAUUGAUCGAACUGUGCGCAAUGGAGGUUCCAGUAACGAUGGCAGAGUGCACACCAUCGUGCUGCCGAGUCCGUUUCUCAAGCGUGUGCAGCAACCCCCUACCGUGCCGCUGCAGGCAAGUCCCGCUCUGGAUCAUAUGGAGCCUACUCUGGUCCAGCAUCGCAUGCGAAGACAACUUCCUAUCAAAAUACAGGAUCCCAUUGAAAAGGCAGAAGUCGCCUUGCGUUCGGCAUUUCAAAACUUUCUACGUAUUACUCAAGCAGCCAACAACGUGAGCAGGCGCGGCGCUCGUAGCCUGCUGGGAACGUGUCUGCGUCAGGUACCGCGAUACCUCGAGUCACAAAUGGAGCCUUCAUAUGACGGGGAGGAUGUCGAUGGGACGAUUGCGAGUGAUGUGUGGUCCUUCUUCGACGACUUGCUCAACAUCAAGGGCUCAGACUGGCAGGGACUUCGCGAAGUCGCGCGAAGUCAAGGAAUCGAUGCGGUACGACGCGCUAUUCUUGAUCAAAGCUUGAGCGAUUCAUGUAUCGACAAGCUUAUACGCGACUGUAUAGAACUAUCUGCGUUGCCAGAAGUCGAGAUUCUCAUCAGUGCAUGGCUGGAGGCUAGUGAGGUUACGUCGUUGACAAAGACGGGCCUGCUCGACACAGAGAGUCUGUGGCGUGGCCUGGAGGGCAUUCGAUUUCGAGUUCUUACACGCUUCGUAAGUCAGGACAGGACUCGGAUCUCAGCCCUGUUGACUGGACAUAAGCAUAUGUGGAACACCCUCUUGCGAGCCAUCACGCAAGGUGCUCAGGACGAGGCUCUGCAAUUCCUUCAACUAUGCAUAGAGAGUGUUGCUGAGGACGCCUAUGUCCCGGGCGAAAUGAACCUAUACCACAAACAAAUGACCAAGAAUAUGGAUGAAGUGGCCUCCAAACUCUGCAUCAUGGCCUGCACAAGCUUGCUCCUGGAUGAGGCCAGUCGGCAUGGAGUUCAACUACGACAAGGCUUAUUUCGUCUUGGCAUGAGCGUUCUAGCGAACAAUCACAUUCGAGUCAACAGGCUUGCGGUGCCGUGGCUAGCAGGACCUAUCGUCCUUGCAGCGCUCACUGGUAGUCCCUCGACAUUGGCGUCUCAUAGUCGAGAAAUUACAGAAGCUUACGAUGGAGUCGCACGAGAUGUCUUGUAUCGUCGCGAAGCAGAGAGAUGCACGCAAGACUUUGCCCAGUCCAUAGCUUGCGGCUUCUUCUCGCUGGACACUGACAAAGACUUAGACAUCGUCGGUCCAGUGUUCAGUCGCAUCAAGGAACACAUCACGGCAUCCUCCUCAUCCAAAAGAAUCGAGAAAACGAUCUUGCGGACCAUCGCCACGGAGCUCAUCACUCGCCGACGUUUGAACGACGACUGUGCCGAUGAGACUGAUGACACUUGGCAAAUGCCAAAGACACCAUCUGCAUUCCAGACGCCACGAGCCAAAGCAUCGAAAUUCGGCUGGGACGAUGACCUCUGCGAGUGGGUCGCGAAGACACCAUUUACGCAAGCAGAGCCAUCUGGUCCAGGAAGCGUUCUCGCCGACGACAAGGAGAAUGAGGAGCCAGAAACGCCCGACGUACUGACCAGGACGAUCAUGAAGACUCCAGGGAUUGAACGGAGGAGACAAAGAGCACUCGCCGUCGCAGCGCAAUGUCUUCUCCCACAGCGUCCUACGAUGAUGCCGAAAAGUCCUCGAGUAAUUAUUGCUCGCCCGAUCAAGCGUCGGAAGUCUGGCAGAAUCAAGGCGAGAGAAAUUGAAGAUGAAAGCGAAGAUGAGUUGGCUUUGUAGAGUUGUAAUGCGGGACAA